AUGGUAAAGAGCGAAGUGCUUUGCGAAGAAUCCACCUUCCUUGACUACCCUUUGUCGAACCGUUCAGAAGUUUCGCUAUCCUCCCUAAUUUUUGUGUUCAAUGAGUUGGUUCAGUACUGUCUAACCACAUGCACAUCGGGGGUACAAGUUGAGCAAAGAUUGCACGACAUAGGACUAUCACUAGGGCCCAAGGUCCUGGAGCUCGUAUCCAUCAAGGAAAGGAUAUACAAACAUGAGACAAAAGUUGUAUCCAUGCUGACUUUCAUAGCCACAACAGUUUGGAAAUACCUAUUUAACCAUCAUGCAGAACUGCUUAAAAGCCAAGACCACCAGGACGAGUAUAUGAUCAGCGACAAAAGGAUGAUCAUAUCACUUUAUGUCUCAAUGGGAAAGGAUCGCCAUCAACCAGUACUGGCAGCAUAUGUAGCUGGAAUGGUAGAAGGGAUGCUCUGUGGUGUGUAUAUGGGAGCGCAGGUGAGCGCCCAUGUAGUGGCACAGGAAGACGGUUGUUACGUUAUGACUCUCUUAAUUAGUCUAAAAGAUGAGAAAGAAACGAAUGCAUCUUAA